AUGACUAAAAAGAAUCCAUCAAAACAGUCAAGUAAAUCACAUAAGAAGAGUAAGAAUGAUGGCGUAGGAAAACAAGCUGAUGCUUAUCGUAUAUUUUUUGUUGAACAACAAACACAUCGAAUUGAAUUGAGUUCAAUGUCGACUAAAGAACAGAUGAAAAUUUUAAGAACUGAAUGGCGAAAAUUAUCUGCACAACAAAAACAAGCAUAUAAAGUUAAAGCUACUAAUGAAAUAAAUCAUCAAGUACUUGAUAAAAAAGAAUUAACUUCUAAUCGAAUUCAUUCAGGUACAAAAACUAACGGUAAUAAUAAACAUCAUUCUCAUGGGAAAAGUCCAUCACAAAAGAAAACAUGUACAAAGAAGACAAAACGAAUGAAUCAAAAAUUAGUUACUCGAAAAACAACUAAUCAUGAACAACAUGAUCAAAUUGAAGGACAUGAAACAGUUGAAAAUACUCAUGAAUAA